AUGAGCACUUCCGAAGUUGACAUUUACAACACGGCCGUCGUCCCGCCUCCCGAUGGCGUAACCUCCAACUUCAACCGGGGAUGGUCCGACGUGCAGAUGGCGACGAUUAUCGUCUUCGGCGUCACCUACUUCCUCGCCACCGUCUCCAUGGUGCUUCGCUACAUCACCAGCGCCGUCAUUGCGAGACAAUGGGAGAUUGACGUCGUGUUGAUCACGUUGGCAUGGGGCGCGGCCUUGGGCUACUUCAUCUCCGUCAGUUUCUGCAUGGCGCAUGGCUGGGGACAGCAUGCGUGGGAUAUUACCAUUGCAGAUGCCACGCAGUAUUACAACUAUCUGCUCCCCACGACCCUGACCUACAUGUGGAGUCCGACCCUGACCAAACUCUCCAUCCUGAGCGUGCUGCACAAGAUCAGUCCGUCGACGUGGUUCCGCGGCGGCGUUUAUGCCAUUGCCGGCAUGCUCAUCGCGUACACCAUCACCUUCACCGUGCUCCUCUCCGGACCGUGCAACCCGGUCGACGCUGGAAAUAGCGUCUGCCUCAACAAUUUGGCCAUUGCGCAGGUGGCACUGAAUAUUUUUACCGACUUGUCUAUUAUUAUUCUUCCUCUUCCGACGCUUCAUAAGCUCCAGAUUCCAUUCCGGCAGAAGGUGGUGGUGGGCGGCAUCCUGUGCCUCGGGUCUGCUGUUCUGGUUGCUUCCAUCGCCCGAGCCCCGUACGUCAAGAUUAUGGCCACGAGCCUCGACUUUUCGCGUAAACAGGCCGAAGCAGGCGUUUGGUCACUAGUCGAGCUGAACUUUGGCAUCCUAUGUAACAAUAUGAUGCGGCUGAAGCCCUUUCUCAACCGAUAUCUCCCCAAGCUGCUUACAUUGCUCGGACUCUCCUCGGCGAGGUCGAAACCCCAGGCCGACAGCUCUACGAGGGGCGACCGAAACUGGCGACGUGGCAAGCCGUCUCACAGCUACCAACUGCGCAGCCUAGAGGCCAAUGAGCCCCGGCGCAAGUACGAGGGCGGCAACGAAGUACAAGUCGACGGAUAUGGAAUUGAGGGUUCCGACAAAGCGGCGUCGCGUCAGAAUGGCAGCACCGACAGCAUCUUGAGGUGA